GAGAGAGAGAGGGAGGGAGGAUAAAUCUACAGGACGAAACGCCACCUGAAGCUCAAAGAAACUGAGAAUCUCCUCAAAUAUUCAUUCACUCAUCACUUUCUUCUCUCUCUCUCUCUCUCUCCCUCUCUCUCUCCUCUCCCGUCUACAUCUGCACAAAUCCACUCGAUCCCCACACAGAUUCCAGCUUCCGAACGAGAGAAUUGGUAACCGACAUGGCCAUGCCGCCGGAGAGGAGGGUGGAGGUGAAGCACGUCGAGCUCUGCAAGGGCGUUAACGGCCUCGACAAGGUCGUCCUGCGGGAGGUCCGUGGUUGCUCCGCCGAGGUGUACCUGUAUGGGGGUCAAGUAACUUCUUGGAAGAAUGAACAUGGAGAAGAAUUGCUUUUCGUCAGCAGCAAGUCUAAUUUCAAGCCGCCGAAACCAAUUCGUGGAGGCAUUCCUAUCUGUUUUCCUCAAUUUUCAAAUCUUGGUCCUCUUGAACAACAUGGAUUUGUGAGGAACAGGUUUUGGAGCAUUGAUCACGAUCCUCCGCCUUUUGCCACAAGUACCUCCAAUAAGGCCUUUGUUGAUUUGAUUUUGAAGCACUCUGAAGAAGAUUUCAAAAUCUGGCCCCACAGAUAUGAGUUCCGCUUGAGGAUUACGCUGGGACCUGGGGGAGAUUUGAUGUUGACAUCACGGAUUCGUAAUAUGAAUACUGAUGGAAAGCCAUUUUCAUUCACAUUUGCCUACCAUACCUAUUUUGCUGUUACUGACAUCAGUGAAGUGCGGGUUGAAGGACUGGAGACUCUGGACUAUCUGGAUAACCUAAAGAACAGGGAGAGAUUCACUGAGCAAGGAGAUGCCAUAACAUUUGAAUCAGAAGUGGACAGGAUAUAUCUCAGUACACCUACAAAGAUUGCUAUUUUGGACCAUGAAAGGAAGAGAACUUUUGUGUUGCGAAAGGAUGGGCUACCAGAUGCUGUGGUGUGGAAUCCUUGGGAUAAGAAAGCGAAGGCAAUGCCUGAUUUUGGUGAUGAAGAGUACAAGCAUAUGCUGUGCGUGGAGGCCGCUUGUGUUGAGAAGCCCAUUACUCUGAAACCUGGUGAAGAGUGGAGAGGCAGACAGGAGAUUUCUGCUGUUCCUUCCAGUUACUGCAGCGGACAACUCGACCCACGAAGAGCUCUUCAAUGUGGUUAGAAAGGGCUGUCAUCUCCAUCCACUGCUCUUGUACAGGCGUUUCUGCAUUCUUAUCUGGAGCUCUUGGUGAUUCCAUCAUGGCUGGUCUUACUUUCAAAGGCAAAUGAUCAUCUUUCGGAAGUGUUAAUAUACAAUUCUCAGUAGAAGCACUACUCAGUGUUACGUCUGGUAAAGAGUGAUAGAAGUCAGUAAGUGAACAGUUCUUUUUAUGUUUCUGUAUAUUUCUAUGGAUUCUGCCUGAGGAGAAAGAUGAAGAAAAGUGCAGGCUGCUGCUACUUUCUGCUUUGAAGGAGAUCUUUUAAUGUUUCUAUUCAAGAGUUACCACCUCUUGUUUACGAAUGGAUUGUCAUUUCUUUCUUUUAACAUUUUGCAAUCCCCUGGCAAGAGGCAGGAAGCUAUUCUUUUUUCCUUGCCCUGUUGUUACUGAUGAUAAGCCUUUGCUGUGAUUCGUGAUCCAAAGAAUCUUCAUCACAUGCUA